ACCUUGGCUACUUUUCUGACAAUACUGUGUGAAUGAGCCCGAUGUCUUCGUCACUGUGGAAAUAACAUUGGAAGAGAAAAACUUAUUAUUUUUUUAAUCCUGAUAAAGAAGAUUAUUGGGAAGCCUUUUAUUUAUUUAAAAAAAAAUUUAAUCUUGAAUUAUGGCACGAAUGGAUUUUAAAAAGUGUUAGAGCUUUCCAAUGAACACUACUAGAGUACUCUGCUCUUGGCUGGAUUUUUCAGAGAAUGGCAAUGGUCUCUGCGAUGUCUUGGAUCCUUUAUUUGUGGAUAAGUGCUUGUGCAAUGCUGCUCUGCCAUGGAUCCCUUCAGCACACUUUCCAGCAGCACCACCUGCACAGACCAGAAGGAGGGACUUGUGAAGUGAUAGCUGCACACAGAUGUUGUAACAAGAAUCGCAUCGAGGAGCGGUCGCAAACAGUAAAAUGCUCCUGUUUACCUGGGAAAGUAGCUGGAACAACAAGAAACAGGCCUUCCUGUGUUGAUGCUUCCAUAGUGAUUGGGAAAUGGUGGUGUGAGAUGGAGCCUUGUCUAGAGGGAGAAGAAUGUAAAACACUCCCUGAUAAUUCCGGAUGGAUGUGUGCUACUGGCAAUAAAAUUAAGACCACAAGAAUUCACCCAAGAACCUAACAGAAGCAUUUGUCGAAUUAGUUAGUAAAGAGGAACCAACUCUACAGAAAAAUACAUUUUAAGGAUUAAAAACAUCUAACAUAUUACAAGCCAAAUGGAUUUCUUAUUUGCACUUUGACUGGUUAUAAGAUAAUCACAGUGCUUUUACUGUGUGUCGUGAAGUAUCCUAUCGUGAGAAGACUGGGAAUUUUUGACAACACCAUGGAAAGUGGGUGUUGAAAAAGGUUUUUUCUCAAUGAAAUUUUUUGGGAUUAUGAAGAAGGAUCAACUUGUCUUCUGAUUUGGAUCUAUAGUUACUUUGUACCAUUUGAAAUAUAUGUAUAUAUAAUAUUUUGAAAUAUUAUAUAUUCUCUUCAAGAAAUGAACAGUACCACAGUUUGAGGCAGCUGAUGUACCUCUUUGAGUUUUGGAUGUUUUGUUCUGUUGUCAUUUCUUUUUCUAUUAGCAACGAAGACAUGUGCGUGCUUUUGAGAGUUCAACAUGGCGCUCACAAUAGAAGACCAACUACAAGUGCACUCCUGGAAUCUGAGGCAUCGUAACUAUACUGGAUCAAGAGCUUCCUUCUGUUUCUACCAGAUGGUCCAGGGAAGCACAUUGUCCUGUUUUAUUGCUUUCAACCCUGUGCGAUAUUAGCAUGCAAGCUUGGCUUACAUAACCAUACUUUAUAUUCGAUUGAUAUAUAAUAACCACUCUAACCUCUUCCAGGAAGAUAUUUUUAGAACUACUAGCUUUUCCACAGAUAAGAAAAUGAGGAUUAUUGAGGUAGCUUCUCCAUCAUGCUAUUAUGACACUGGCAGAGUUAUGGUAGAAUAUGGAUCCCUGUAUUAAUACGUCCUGUAAAUACAAUGUCUUAAGACUUUGUAUAGCUGUCCUAGACUGCAGAAAUGUCCUCUGAUUAAAUCCAAAGUCUAGCACCAUUAAGUACAUAGUGCUGUUGCAACAAAUCUUUCCAUGGCACCUCUUUCUAUGUUUGAUUUGCCUUUUUCAAGAGUAGUCAGACCUCUUCUGGUAAGAUUGGAAGAUCAUUAAAGCAAUUAGGAUUCAGAAUGAUCUAUGUGACCAAAUGCUGGACAGCCCUAUUAAAGUGGUAAAUAACUUCUUUCUAAAUCUAA